CAUCCCGUGCGGCGCGGCCGGGGCGGUGGGUUCCGGUAUUUCAGGGCGGGGCGGGCGCGGUGCGGAGCGGAGGGAACAUGGCGGGGGCUACAACCAUCGAGGCCGUGAAACGGAAGAUCCAGAUGCUGCAGCAGCAGGCGGACGAGGCGGAGGAGCGGGCGGACAGGCUGCAGCGGGAGGUGGAGGCCGAGCGAAGGAACCGGGAGCAGGCUGAGGCAGAGGUGGCUUCUCUGAACCGCCGCAUCCAGCUGGUGGAGGAGGAGCUGGACCGGGCCCAGGAGCGCCUGGCCACCGCCCUGCAGAAGCUGGAAGAGGCUGAGAAGGCUGCAGAUGAGAGUGAAAGAGGCAUGAAGGUCAUUGAAAACAGAGCCCUGAAGGAUGAAGAGAAGAUGGAACUCCAGGAGAUCCAGCUGAAGGAAGCCAAGCACAUUGCAGAAGAGGCUGACAGGAAGUACGAGGAGGUUGCUCGGAAACUGGUGAUCAUAGAGGGAGAUCUGGAGCGUACUGAGGAGAGAGCUGAACUUGCAGAGUCUCGUGUCCGGGAGCUGCAGGAGCAGAUCAGAGUGAUGGACCAGAACUUGAAGUGUCUGUCUGUUGCCGAAGAAAAGUACUCCCAAAAAGAGGAUAAAUAUGAAGAAGAGAUCAAGAUCCUGACUGAUAAACUCAAGGAGGCGGAGACCCGUGCUGAGUUUGCUGAGCGCUCCGUAGCCAAGCUGGAGAAGACCAUUGAUGAUUUGGAAGAUAAACUGAAAUCCACCAAAGAGGAGCAUCUCUGCACGCAACGAAUGCUGGACCAGACCCUGCUAGACCUGAAUGAGAUGUAACGGAGCCCCGCUGCUGCCUCCACCACACAACGCCCGGGCUCAGCCCAGCCCCCGCUGCCCUCUAACCCUUGGGCUCCAUUUUCUUUCUGUUGCCAACUUGCCCAAAUGCAACUCUGCUUCUUCACCUCAGGGUUAGAGGUCACCGGGUUGGGCAGAGCUUCACGCAGCGUUAUUAAGGGAAAUAAACAAUGCAAUAAUGUUGGGGGAGCAUGUGUGAGAUGUACACAUUUUGUAACUACCUUCUUUUUUUUUUUUUUUGGUAAGCAACCAUUGUGUAAACAUUCCAAGUAAGCUGAUGCUACACUGCAAAGCUCUGGCCUUGAAGUUUGGUGUUAACCCCAUUGCUCUGAGCCCACGAUGGGGGAUAGGAGGUGGGUGUGGGGCUGGGCUCGCUUUGCUCUGAGAGCUCUUUGCCAAACGAGCAGUUGAAUUUCUCAGCUUUAAGGUAAAUCUGUGGAGAAGCAAUUUGAGCAAAAGCAAUUUGUUUGGGGAUUUUAUUCCUUCCCCCCUGCCUUGUUCUCCAAACAGCUCGAGCUGUUGGGUUGCUGAUUGUUCCCCUUUGCCCUUCCCAAGUGUUUCCCUUUCUUUUCUGGUGGGUUCCACACAGCCAUGGCCCUCAAUGCCCAGGGAUGGCUCUGCCUUCACUCAGCUCUUUGCCCCUCAUCCCUGGGCUGGGCCUGACACCUUCAGUCCAACCCUCGUUAUCUCCAAUUACCCCCCCUAUGGCCUGCAGUGCUCACGUCUCAUCCUGUGGUGUCUAUGAGGUCCAGUGCAGGCCGGGCCGGCGCUGUGUGUGCUCGUUGCGGUUAUGGGGCCAAUCUGGAGGAGAAAAACAACAAAAAAAAGAACCAUGUCGAGUGUUUUGAUACUAAAUUGAGAACCUUGUCUUACUGUCUUUUGAAAUAAAAAGCGAUCUCUCCA